AUGAAGUCUACUAUCGUGUUCACUUCUUCUGCCUUUCUGGCAACCCUCAACCUCGUGACUGCUGUUCCGGCUCCCGUUGUAGCGGCAACGGUAUCCGUCUCCUUCGACCCCAAAUAUGACGUUGGAACAUCUUCUCUGAACACCGUCUCCUGCUCCAAUGGAAUUUACGGCCUGGUCACCCAAGGCUAUACUGACUUCGCAUCGCUGCCAAACUUCCCAAACAUUGGUGGUGCGAUCACCAUCCCAGGCUGGAAUAGCCCAAACUGUGGCAAAUGCUACGAGUUGCACUACUCGAACGGGAAGAUCGACAAGACCAUCAACAUCAUUGCUGUCGAUGCAGCUCCCAGUGGAUUCAACAUUGGCCUGCAAGCUAUGAACACGCUGACCAACGGGCUGGCGGAGGAACUCGGUCGUGUUGACGCCACUUACGUUGAAGUGGAGGACAGUGCGUGUGGGAUGUGA